AUGAAUCCAAUUUAUGACCCGAUUGUAUUGCUUUUAGAACAUCCUUACAGACGUUGGAGUACAUUUGACAAAAACGAUUUACUUAGGAAAGGUAAACCAACUCCUUCUCUGACACAUUUAUCUGCAGACAAAAAUGGCUCAAAAAGAUUAUUCUGUUGGCCAUGCAUUUUAUUGAGUCAGUCAAAUUCAGUUUGGAUAACAUUAGGAUACGCUGAUUUUAAAAAUCUAUCUAGAAGUAUUCUGAGACAUGAAGUUUCCAAAGAUCAUGUCCACAAUUAUUUAAAUCUAAAAAAUUUAGAAAAAAAUACUACUAGUAUUAUAGACACAAUAAGUGAGCAUGGAAAAUUAUUUAAAUUGUGUUUUAAUGAAAAUGUAAGGUUAAAUAGGUUAUGCAUGGAACACAUCAUUGAUUUGGUAUUAUUUUUGGCUAAGCAAGAGUUGGCAUUUCGCGGACAUGAUGAAAGUUCAAAUUCCAUUAAUAAAGACAAUUUUAGAGAGUUAGUUGAAUUACAUUUUAGUAGAUGCUCUUUAGAAGUACAAAAUCAUUACAAAUCAUUGCAGAAUAAAUUUACAGGUACAUCAAAAAUCAUACAAAAUGAGAUAAUUUUAUGUAUAUCUGAAUAUUUAUCUGAUCAUAUUAAACAUGAAAUUAAACAAUGCAUGUUUUAUUCCAUACAAAUUGAUGAUACUACAGAUAUAACUCAAAAGACACAAUGUUCUGUAAUUUUAAGAUACAUAACUAAUAAAUCUGAGUUGGUUGAACGUUUUUUUGGAUUUUAUGAUGUCAGAAAAAACCAUACUGCUGAAGGAUUAUUUAAUUUAAUCACUUCCCUUUUACUAGAGUUUAAUAUUGAAAAAAAAUUAGUUGGUCAGUGCUAUGAUGGUGCUUGUGUGAUGGCUGGGAAUUUAAAUGGCUUACAAGCUCGAAUAAAAGAAAUUGCACCCAAUGCAUUAUUCACCCAUUGUUAUGCACAUAAAUUAAAUUUAGUAUUGCAACAUGGAUGUAAUAGUAAUAAGACAUGUCGCAUAUUUUUUGCCAAUAUAAUUGGAAUAUCUGCUUUUUUUCAUAAUUCAACUUCCCGUACUAAUGUAGUUGACAGUAUUAUAGGUAAACGCAUUCCCCAGUUUGUACAGACAAGGUGGGCAUCGAGAUCAAAAAUUGUACAUUUAUUAGUUAAAGAGUGGAUUAACUUUAAAGCAGUUUUUGGAGCUAUAAUAAAUGAUCCCAAGUCAUCAGCUGAUUCUAUUUGUGGAUCAGAAGUUAUGCCUGAAGUAUAUAAGUUAUUUUCAUUAAUUUUAACUAUUCCAUCUACUAGUGUUUCUGUCGAAAGAAGUUUUUCUUGUCUGAAACGUAUUAAGACUUAUUUAAGAAAUAAUACUUCUCAACAUCGUUUAAAUUCGUUGUCUACAAUAUCCAUUGAAAAAUUAUUAAUCCAACAGCUCAAAGAAAAUGAACCAUUUUAUGAAGAAAUUAUCAAUAUAUAUGCCAGUAAAAAAGAUAGAACUAUUGUAUUAAUUUAUAAAAUAAACUUAAAGAUUCCAAAACUGCAAAAAAAUACAAUGCCAUGCUUGUUUCCUGGACCAAAAUAUUUGUCUAAUCCACAGAAAAAAAGGAAAUCCCCAACAAAAAGAGUUUCUUUGGGUAGUAAUUGUAGGAAUUCUAAAAGCAUAAAACUAACCGAAGUUGAUUCUAAACUAUCUGAAACUGUUAUAAAUAAGGAUGUAUUGAAUCAAGAAACUUCUGAAUUUCAUAAAUCUUCUAUCAUUUCUACUAUAGAAUACUUUAAAAACAUGUGUAGGGAAAUUGAGUUGACUAAACUUCCAGAUAAUUGGAAAUAUGAAAUCAACAGAUGUAAAAAUACAAAUAUUACAUUUUAUACUGUACAAUGUUAUGAGAAUGAGGUUGGACUUUUUAUUGAAAAACAGAUAUCUCUUGAAACGGAUAUGAUUGUUAAAUGUAAAUUAUAUGAUGUAUUUGUUAACAUUCAAGAUAUAUGUCCAAAAUUAAAAGUGUUGACAUUUGAUGAACUGAUUUUAAUUAUAAAUGCUGUUAACACUAAACAAGUUUGUAAAGGUGGACCUUUAGUUAAAAAAUUUUAUGGAAUAACAGUUGACUGUGCAGAUAUAGUUCAAAAUCAUUGA